AUGUCGGCAUCCCAAAAACCGAUCCGUCUCCCGCCCCUGAAGGUGCUGCGCGUCCGAAACCCGAACGGCCAGCGCGAGCGGCCCUGCAUGCAAAUCAUGUCUUCAGUUCUAGCAUGCUGGGCCUCGGCGGGAUACAGCACGACCGGAUGCGCACAAGUCGAGAUGGCCCUGCGCGCGUGUAUGGACGGACCCCAGCCGUCACCGCCAAGGGGCAACGAGAUCAACUACCACCUGGCGCGCUUCAAGAACAAACUCACUUAUCCCGAGAGCAAGAAGAAAUGA